GCGCUGCAGGGACCCGGAAGUUGGUGCUUUUUUUGAUCUAGUGCCGAGUUGGCUCCUGGACAUGGAGACUGGGGGGCGCCCGUCGGUCGGACAGGUCAUCCUGCUCGGCGCCAGUUCCGCCAUCACCGCGCUUUUCUACUCCAUCUACCGCCAUAAGUACCGCUCUGUCCAGGCGCUGAAGGAAGCCAAGAGGUUCUCCCUGACUGACGACCUGCAGGCGGUUCUGUCGGACCUUCCCGGGAAGUGUGUCCCCUACGCCGUUAUAGAAGGGGCUGUGACUUCAGUGAAGGAAGUUCUGAGCAGUCAGUAUGUGGAGAACUGCAGGGGGGUGAUCCAGAGACUGUCACUGAAAGAGCACAAGAUGGUGUGGAACAGAACCACCCACCUCUGGAACGACCACGAGAAAAUCAUCCACCAGAGAAGCAACACCGUCCCCUUCGACCUGGCCCCGGAGGAGUCUGGGGGGGCCGGGGUGUCGGUGCGGGUGGUCCGGCCCUUGGAAGCCGUGGAUCUGGGCCUGGAGACCGUCUAUGAGAAGUUCUACCCCGCAGUCCAGUCCUUCCCCAACAUACUGGGCCAUUACAUGACCGGGGAGCGGCCCAAAGGGGUGCAGGAGACGGAGGAGAUGCUGAAGCUCGGGGCGGCCAUUACGGGCAUCGGGGAGUUGGUUCUGGACAACAAGACCAUCAAGCUGCAGCCGCCCAAGGCCGGUUUGUGUUACUACCUGAGCGGCACCGACUUCCCGGGGCUCCUGGAGAGGCAGGAGGGGCAGAUGCGCUGGUGGCGGAUCCUCAGCAUCGUGUUCGGCGCCGCCACCUGCGUCACCCUCUUCUUCAUCCUCCGGCGCCAGUACCGCCAUCGCAAGGAGAAGCACCAGCUCCAGAACCUGCAGAGAGAGUUCGAGGAGUCGAGGGCCCGGCAGAGAGUCCAGCAGGAACAGCACAACGAGGAGGAAGUACGAAACCCCUGCGCCAUUUGCCUCGGCAAAGAGAGGUCCUGCGUCUUCCUCGACUGCGCCACAUUUUUCUGCUACCCCUGCUACCAGGCCAUGCCCAGCCCAAAUUGCCCCAUUGUCGCAAUGACAUUGCCCGAGUUGGUCCCUUCUGUUAACAGCUGGGGGCCCCCCAACUUGCCAGGCGACCCCUCGGCAUCUCCGCAGUUUUCCCUUCCCAGGGAAAUUACCGGAGAAAGAGCGGAAACCAGGGAAUUUGCAGUAAAUGCCCCUGGCACUCCUUGCUGGUGGGAUAGAGAACGCAGCCCAGGGAAAGUGAUUGAAGUUAAUUGGGCCCAAAGCUCCUCCUGCUGGCUGGGAUAG